AUGGUCGUCGCGGGGUCCGGCGGGUCGACCCCGCCGCGAGGGAGGCCGUUCCACGGACUCGUGUUCGUCAUCCCCAAGGGACUGUACCGCGCGCUGAGCGUCGCGGUGACGCGAGGAGGGGGCGAAGCGAGAGAGGACGGGAGAGGAGGAAAAGACGCCAUUAACAUUGACAACAACGACAGACGACGACGAUCGCCGACGCACGUCGUCGUUCCGAACGACGCGUCCGAGGACACGCUCGCGGCGGCGACGCGCUCGCACCCGGGGGCGAAGAUCGUGACGCACGCGUGGGUGUCCUCGACGUCGCGCGGGGAGGACCCGUCGAAGCGGAAGCGCGAGGAGGACGAGGCGAACGCCGCGACGACGAAGAGGAAGGAUCUCGGUAGUCGCCGCGAAGAAGAAGGCACCCUCGCGACGACGCCCGCGCCCGCGCACCCGAACCUCGCGCUGAUCCUCCCGCGGCCCGUCGCGACCGAGGAGGACCAUCGCGCGUACGGCCGCGUCCCGGGGAAGAGGAUGGGCAAGCUCGAGCUGUGUUUGCAGUGCCGCUUCGACGAGUCGACGUCGUUGAACGAGGACGUCGUCGCGGUUUUGGUGGAGCUGGAAAAAUACGAACGCGUCGGCGGCGGCGCCGCGGCGCAGCACGACGACAACAAGAGCGUCGGGUACAACGAGAUGGAGGGGACCGCCGCGAAGUGGGCCGCGGUCGUGCGCGCGCUGCCGUAUCGCAUCACCGCCAAGAGAAGACCGAAGGUGGAGGACGGGAUUCCGUUUCUAGGGCGGAGCGCGUGCGAGACGAUUCGACAGAUCGCGUCGACGGGGACGUGCGACGCCGUGGACGCGCACAAAGCGGGGGCGUCGGGGGGGGCGGUGUUGAGGCACACGUCGAACGGGAGGCUGCGAACGGGGGCGACGAACGUGGCCGCGGCGCACCUCGCGCCGGCGUCGCGCGAGGUGACGACGACGCCGAGGGCGCUCCCGGCCGCGACGACGACGACGACGACGACGACGACGACGACGACGACGACGACGACGACGACGACGACGACGACGACGGCGGUCGUCGCGCGCGAUGCCUCGCGCGACCGCGAUGGAGUAGUCCUCGCGGAGGCUGCCGCGGCGAGAUCACUGUGCGCGCUGCCGUCGAUAGGACGAAACACCGCGCGAGGGCUUCUGCGCUGUGGCGUGCGAACGCUCGAGGAGUUACGACGCAGGCUCGAAGACGGCGACCAAGCCGUGUCGAGCCAACUCGACGGCAGGCAACGGUACGCCAUCAGACACGCGGACGAGCUCACGUCGCCGGUGCCGAUCGAAGAUUUCGAGGAGAUGCGGAGCGCGGUGUUGAAAGCCGCGAAGAACUCGCGGCGGAUGGGGUCGAAAGAGGACGACGACGCGUGGGAGGUCAUCGCCGUCGGCGGCGGGCGAAGGAACGAGGCGUCGCACGACGCGGACUUUCUGCUCACGCAUCCGAAGCUGCGGACGCCCUGGGAGAUGCGCGGGCUCCUGGAUAAAAUCUUGGAAGGGAUGCCCGAGGUGUUGGGCGAGCACGGGGACGACAAAGAGGCCGCGUUCGCGUUUCGGAUGGUCACGGACGGCGUCAUGGGGAACUUUUGGGAGAAGGUGUCGAACGCGAAGCGAGAUCUGGGGAAGCAACACGAGGGAAAGUCGCGCGGGAACGCGGACUACUACGACAAAAUCUACGGCGUCUUUCGAACCGCGGCGGGACGCCAUCGACGGAUCGACAUCGUCUUAGUCCCGCACGAUCAGCUCCCGUUCGCGCUCAUCGGAUGGACCGGGAGCAAGCAGUACAACAGGUUCAUUCGACACCACGCGAACAGUCGCGGCCUGUACUUUAACUCUCACGGGUUGUUUCGAACGCACGACAGGAAAGCCGUGGCGUCGCUGGAAUCGUCGUACAACGAAGCCUACGCCACGAGCCUGAAACACUUGAAGUGCCCGCCGCCGGCGCCGUCGCGCGACGCGGCCGGGAACGACUGGUGGCCGCCGGGGUGGGAGGAGACGAGGGUGGCGAAGACGGAGAGAGACGUCUUCGAACUUCUCGGCGUCCCGUUUCAACCUCCGACGUCCCGAGACUGCCCGUCGUGA